AUGCACUCCAACUGGAAACAGACUCCUAUUCUCGCAGAAAUCAGGCACUUGAGUAGAAUCAUUUGUUUUUUGAGUAGAAUAAUUUAUUUUCAGUGAAUAUAUUGCUGAUGGGAACGAAACGAAUUUCUGGGGAUUUGUGAAGAAGGUUCAAGUUCAAAGAAUCGGAAACAUCAGCAACAGUGAGCGCACAGGUCUUUCCUUUGAAAAAUUUGAUUUUCAGACACAGAACAUGAUCAGUACGAAAUAGGCAUUUCCAUCGCCGAACAAAUUCUGAGCCCUUCCAAAAUCAACCUUCUCCGACUGGCUCUGAGCACGAGAAUGAUGUCUCCCCGAGUGGAAAUUCAUCGUCAACUCGGCGCUCCCUUUCAGCCAGAACACUGCACCUCAUUUUUUGUAUUCGGUGCACAGUCUGGUUGUCAUUUGAGCAAGUUGAAUAUUGGAAAGCAAGAUGAAACCAGUACCGAGUGAGACACCCUGAAUCACUUCAAAUAACAAAGUUAGUUUAGAGUGUUCGAGUUCGAUCACAUUUAUCCGACAAAUUCUAUCGCCUCAAAAACACUUGUGCUCUAUGGAGAACUUGGUUCUGAUCAACUGAAUCCCUUACUUCUCGGAGCAAAAGCUCUGGCGGACUCGGAAGACGACGUUCGAUUUGUUUUUCGGCAUUUCAAACCGACGACUCCCGAUCAAUCCCCAGUUUCUUUGUCUGGAUAUGGAGUCGAACUUGCUAUCAAAAACACUGAGUAUAAAGCAGUCGAUUCGAAUAAAAGCAACGACGAACCCGAAAAUUUGCAUGGACUCAACUUCAAAAUCCUAAAUGAAAAGCAUUUAAAUCAACGAAAAGAACUCGAAUCUCUGCGUGAUCAUCUUGAAAAGAUGGGUGAAAUAGCACCUCUGAAGCUGUGGCAGAUUCACGAUCUAGGUUUCAAGACGUGCCAAAAGAUGAAGAUGGGAUUGGAAUUGAAUUCUGCGGAGAAGGUACUUCAAGACUUUCCAGUGCAUUCGAGGUUCACAUUUUACCAAAAACAGACAUGAUGACAUCAGUUUCAGGGCGAUUUCUCACAUAAAUGUGGACGAAAGGUUCAGAAAAAGUGUGAAGAUAUUCCAAAAAAAAAUGAAUGAAAAGCAAAUUGAGAGCGGAAUGAAUAUUCUGGCAAUAAAUGGGAGAGUCGUGGCAAAGGGAGACAAGCACAUCGAUCUGUUCUCUCUGAUGGAAGUAGUAAAACAAGAACAGCAAACCGUGGAAGAUGUGGCGAAUAUGGGCCUUAAAUCCGAUGUGAGAUAAUAGUGAGAAUUUGCAAAAAAAAACAGAAUUCAUCCGUUACAGAUAGACUUUUCCCGAUUGCUCACUGCUGUCGAUCUGUCUCCAAUCGAAUCUUCGGUUUAUGCUCUUGACUACAGAGACACUCUUCCCCACGUGGGCUCAUUCCUACUAUUCUCAGUCACUGUUCUCAAUUUCAGUACUUAAAUGACCUCGAAUCAAAUCGAGGAAGAUAUACGUCCCUCGAACUGCUUCUCCAACCAUUCUCAAAUGGGCAAAUCCGUCCGAUUUCGCGGAAUAUCUUCACCCUUAUUCUAUUCUGUGAUCCGUUCGAUUCGAACGAUUUGCUUUUCGAAGCAAUUCAGAAUUACCACAAAGCAGGAGUCUAUAUCAGGCACAGAAGAAAAAACUGUUAAACUAACAUACAUUAUCUUGUUUAGAUUCGGAGUAGUUCCUGUGUUCGAUGAGAAACGGCACGGGAUCAGUGUUCAGGAAGCUGUGGGAAAGAAAACUGUUGCGAGAGAGAAGAGCAGUUUGUGGCCUACGAAAACCAGUCUUCUGAAUGCCAUUCAAGUAAGUCUUCGGUAUGUAUUACUAUUGAAAGGGUUACACCCAGAGUUGAGAACAACGCUUAA